CUCCGCUCGCUUUUCCCAGCAGACACUCGUCGUACGCCAAAGCGGUCGGUCGCGUUUAUCGCACUCAGAAAACUUUUCCAAAACUUUGUGUUUUGGGAAUCAGAUUCAAUUUUCAAACAGACUCCGCGUGUGCUUGUGUUUGUGUGUGUGUAUGUGUUUGUGACCAAGUUAAUAAGUUAGUACUUAGUACUAACAACAAUUACAGCUGCAAAAAAUUCAUCAGCAAGAAUCCGAAAAGUACUCGAAACGAGUAACAGAAACACUUAUUAAGAAUUCGCCGUUGUUUCUCCAUUUUUGGGUGCAAAAUCUGUAAUUGAAAUACGUCUGUCUCUCAUCUGAAAGUCAAAAACAGAGCACACCAACGGAAUUUGAAUCAAGCUGCAAAUGCGAAAAACCCGCAGAAUGCAGCAGGAAAAUCAGGUGAAACAGCUAAAGCGUGCGGCAGAUACAGCUCUGUGGUCUAAUUGAGGCCAGUAGCAGGAGCAAGACCAGGACCAGUAACAGGACACGGUCAAAUGGCGUCAUUUGUAUGCAAGUCAACAAGAAUUGAAGGAGCUACAAAUACAACAAAGGAAAUGCAGCAGAGAGACUAAAAUCAAGUGGAAAAUCGAGAGUCGUAAAAGCCAAAUUCAAAUUAACGCACAGCAGUCGCAGUCAAAAGAGGAUCAACAAUACAAAACAACAAUACAAAACAUAGGCAACAGGUGAAAGGUGAUAGACAAAAGGAGACAGGAGAAAGGAGAAAGGCCAGAGGAUGAUGAGCGCCGGAGGCACCUACAUAUCGACGGCCAGCGUGGAGGUGCCACAGGCUCUGCAGGAUGGCGAGAAGUUCAUCAAAUGGGAUGACGACUCGGGCAGCGGUACGCCGGUUACGAUGCGUGUGGAUGCCAAGGGAUUCUUCCUCUGUUGGGUCGAUCAGAACAAUGAGUUGGACAUACUAGACAUUGCCACAAUACGCGACGUGCGCACCGGACAAUAUGCCAAAAAGCCAAAGGACGCUAAGCUGCGACAGAUUGUGACGAUGGGGCCACAGGAUACGCUCGAGGAGAAGACCGUCACCAUUUGCCAUGGCUCUGAUUUUGUGAACAUGACAUUUGUCAAUUUCUGUUGCACUAAACGGGACAUUGCACAGAUCUGGACGGAUGGUCUCAUCAAACUGGCCUACAGUUUGUCCCAGUUGAAUGGCUCGGCGAUAAUGUUCCUGCAGAAAGCCCACACAAAGCUCUGUCUGCAGGUGGACAAAAGCGGACGUAUUCCAGUGAAAAACAUCAUUAAACUUUUUGCGCAGAAUAAAGAGGAUCGGAAACGUGUCGAGAAGGCGCUGGACGUGACCGGCUUGCCAUCGGGCAAGGUCGACAGCAUAUCGGUGUCCAAAUUUCAAUUUGAGGACUUUUACAAUUUGUACAAAUAUCUGACGCAGCGCUCCGAAGUGGAGCGUCUGUUUGACAGCAUUUGUGGCAAUACAGGCAAUUCGAAGCGCAAAUGCAUGUCCAUUGCACAGCUGGUGGAGUUCCUGAAUAAAACGCAACGCGAUCCGCGCCUCAAUGAGAUACUCUAUCCAUAUGCAAAUCCUGCACGGGCCAAAGAGCUCAUCCAACAGUACGAGCCGAACAAGUUCAACGCGCAAAAGGGCCAACUCAGCUUGGAUGGCUUUUUGAGGUAUCUCAUGGGCGAUGAUAAUCCCAUAAUGGCCCCCAAUAAACUGGAUCUCUGCGAUGAUAUGGAUCAGCCGAUGUCGCAUUACUUCAUCAACUCGUCGCACAACACCUACCUAACUGGACACCAGCUGACGGGCAAAUCCUCCGUGGAGAUUUACAGGCAAUGCCUUCUCGCCGGCUGCAGAUGCGUCGAGUUGGACUUUUGGAAUGGACGCACUGAAGAACCGGUCAUUGUUCAUGGCUAUACAUUUGUGCCCGAAAUCUUUGCCAAGGACGUGCUCGAGGCGAUUGCGGAGAGCGCCUUUAAAACAUCCGAAUAUCCUGUGAUAUUAAGUUUUGAGAAUCACUGCAAUCCCAGACAACAGGCAAAAAUUGCGAAUUAUUGCCGUGAAAUCUUUGGCGAUAUGUUGCUGGACAAACCCCUGGACUCGCAUCCAUUGGAACCCAAUUCGGAUUUGCCGCCGCCAUCGAUGUUGCGUCGCAAGAUCAUAAUUAAGAACAAAAAGAAGCAUCAUCAUCACCAUCAUCAUCAUCAUCAUCACAAGAAGCCAGCCAGUAUGGGCCAAGGUACACCAGCUGCCAGCAAUAAACUCACAACGGCCAAUUCAGUCGAUGCGGCGGCCAAGGCGGCGUCGGCCGCGGCGGCAGCCGCCAAUGCGCAACAAGUGGCAGCCGCAGCGCAGGACGAAGGACGCACGUUGACAGGCGCCGCUAAUGGCGACAUUGUCAGUGGAGCUGGCGCAGGAGGAGGUGGGGGACAUGCCCCGCCAUUGCAACAAAUCCGCCAGAGCUCCAAGGACAGCACCGGCUCCUCCGACUCGGACAGCUCCAGCGAUGAUGAAUCCCUGCCCAACACCACGCCCAGUCUGCCCAGCGGCAAUGAACCGCCCCCGGAGAAGGCGCAGAAGGAGACGGAGGCGGGAGCGGAGAUCUCUGCACUGGUCAACUACGUGCAGCCCAUACACUUCAGUUCCUUUGAGAAUGCGGAGAAGAAGAAUCGCUGCUACGAGAUGUCCUCGUUCGAUGAGAAGCAGGCAACGACGCUGCUCAAGGAGCGUCCGAUUGAGUUUGUCAACUACAAUAAGCAUCAGUUGUCCCGGGUUUAUCCGACGGGCACACGCUUCGAUAGCUCCAAUUUUAUGCCGCAACUCUUUUGGAAUGCGGGUUGUCAAUUGGUGGCAUUGAAUUUCCAGACACUCGACCUGGCGAUGCAGCUGAAUCUGGGCAUUUUUGAGUACAAUGCACGCUCCGGAUAUUUGUUGAAGCCGGAGUUUAUGCGACGCUCGGAUCGACGACUCGAUCCAUUUGCCGAGAGCACCGUGGAUGGCAUUAUUGCAGGCACUGUGUCCAUCACAGUGCUGUCCGGACAAUUUCUGACGGACAAGCGUGUCAAUACGUUCGUUGAGGUGGACAUGUAUGGUUUGCCAGCGGACACUGUGCGCAAGAAGUUUCGCACCAAGACAGUGCGCGACAAUGGCAUGAAUCCGGUGUACGAGGAGGAACCCUUUGUGUUUAAAAAGGUUGUACUUCCGGAAUUGGCCAGCAUACGGAUUGCAGCCUAUGAGGAAAGUGGCAAAUUGAUUGGACAUCGAGUUCUACCCGUAAUUGGACUAUGUCCGGGCUAUCGCCAUGUGAGUCUCCGCUCCGAGGUGGGACAACCCAUUGCCCUCGCCUCCCUCUUCCUGUGCGUUGUCGUCAAGGAUUACGUGCCCGAUGAUUUAUCCAACUUUGCCGAGGCCCUGGCCAAUCCCAUCAAAUACCAGAGUGAGCUGGAGAAACGCGAUAUACAGCUAUCCGUGCUGACCGACGAGACGGAUGCGGUGGCCAAUGCGGAUGAGGAUUUGUCCAAGUCAUUCGUUUUCGUCCAAGUAGGUGGCCAAAAGAAGGAGCUGCGUCCAGUGGAAUCCCUGGCGACUUCUCCAAAACAUCGUGCCAGCAUUUCCACAGUUGCCGCUCUCAGCGUUGAGAUGCCCACAGAUCGCACAGAUGGCGGCAGGAAUGAUGACAAUGUGUCCAUUGUGACAACAGGGAUACAACAUCAACAUUCGCUGGAUCAAUCGGUGAGCACAUCGAUCCGACAGGUGGAGUCUUCGCAAUUUGAUGUCGACUUGGUGCUGGCUGAGCCUCUGGAGAAGAUACUCGAUCACAAGUCGGUGCGGGAGAAGCGUCUCGAGAUGGAGAAGAAACUCGAGUCGUUGCGCAAGAAACAUGACAAGGAGAAACUCAAGAUUGCCGGACAAAAGUCCAGUCCCCUCGAUGGUGGCAAGAAGCCAAAGUUUACCAUAACCAACAAGCUGGUUAAACGUCUGAGCAACAAGAGUCUCGAACCCGGAGUCGAAGUUCCCCCCUGCCCCCUCGAUCUAGGCGACAGCAGCGAGGAGAGCGCCGGCGCCGGAGAAGUGAGCGAAGAAGCUGGCGCCUCCACCAGCCUCCAGGAGGGAACACAGGAAUCUCGUCUGCGUUGCGCCUGUCGGGAAUACACAUCGCAGUAUCGAGAGCUGCAGGAGAAAUAUCAUGAGGCCAUCUACACAGCAGCCGAGAAGGUGCUCAAGAAUUCGCAGACUAGUCAAAUGAAGCAGCUGAAGGCAUCGCUGGACAAGGUGACCGGAGAGGUGAUGCAUCAACUGCAGGAGGCGCGACGCAAUGAGGUCAAGAACUUGGCCACAGUGCACAGAGAUCGCGAUGAGCUGGUCAGAAUGAAAAGGGAGGUGGCCAGCUCGGUGGUGGAACGCGGCGUAGCAGAGCGAGUGCGUCUCAAGCAGACGUUUGACAAGCGCACGGAUGAGCUGCAAAGGCAACACGAUGCUGUGCGCAAUGGACUCGCUGAUCAUCGCUCCAAGGCCCGUCAAAUACUCGACAAGGAUGCGGAAUCUCGCAGCUGUGUCUCCAACAACGGCUUCCUGGUGCUCUUCCAUGGACCGCAUCAUCAUGGCUGCUCGGCGGCAACUGUUUCCGGUGCUGCACCAACCACAACAAUCUCUGGCAAUAAUCUCACACUUAAUUUGGACGUUGGUGGUGCUGUCGGUGGUGGCAUUGGUGGUGCCAUGGCCAUUUCACCCGCCAAAUCACACAAUAGCAUUGCCAACGAGAUGAAGACGUAAAGAGGAUCAUUGGAUCACACAUUUAUAUAUAUAUAUAUAUACCUAUAUAUAUAUAGCAAAAAUUGUUCUUCGGUUUUCAGUAUUCGCGGUAGUUAAAAAAAAAAAACAAGUCUUCGUAGUGUUAAGCGAGGGGCGAUAUAAUUGUGAUCGCAACUCGAAUUAGUUUUAUAUGUAACUCUUAAACUGAAAAGGGAAAUACGUUUUUCUUACUGAACAAACUAGCUGUACUCUCUCUAUCUCUCUCACACACAUAUAUAACUAUGCAUAUAUGUAUGUCUAUGUAGUGUAACUGCAACAGUCGGUGUAUUUAUAUAUAUAUAUACAUAUAUGAAUCUGUCUCUACGGUUUCUUCCUAUUCGAACUUCGCUGAAACUCUGAGUGUCUAACCUUUUAAGCAUAAACUAUAUUUAUUUAAAUACUUGUUAAAAUAUGAAGAAGUUGUAGAAUGAGGAAGAAAAUUAAAAUUAAAAUGAAGAGAAAGAUAAAUAUAAAGCAGGCGAAAGGAGAGGGAAACAUAACUCUAUCUCUUCCUACUAUUAAUUGUGGUUGUGUGUAUUACUUUUUUAUAUUUACAUUAACUAAUUAUAUGUAUAUUAUUUUUUAAUGCUCUCGCACAAAAUGUGAAACGAAUCUCGCGCAAA